CUGGCACUGCCACAGACCACAGUGUCAGUAGAAAGCAUCGGAACUGGAAUUGUGAUUUCCCGCCGAAAUAAAAAGAAAACCCUUUUUCAAUUUUUGUCAUCCUUUGCCCCAUUUCCAACUCUCUCUCUCUCUCUCUCUCUCUCUCUCUCUCUCUCUCUCAUCAAAAUGAGUAGUUUUCCUAGUCCUAUGGAGACGGAGCAAAACCCUACAACCGAUCAAAACGGUGCCGCUUCACAACACUCACCUGCACCUCCUCCUCUUCCGCUGGAGGAUAAAGUUCUUGUCCCUAUCGAGGUUUGCUUAAAACCUUCCAGCACAGCUUCCAUUCACGAUGUCCGUUCAGCAGUAGAGGGGAUGCUUGAAAAGAGGAGUUUGAGCUAUAAUGGUGGACCAAUUCCGGUUCCCCUUGAUGAACCCUUUCUUGCAGAUAACGUGCAAAGAAUUUGCGUAUGUGAUACAGGUGAAGGGAUGCAAAAUGACAAUGUUCUUUUGUUCUGGCAAGUCAAGCCUGUUGUACAUGUCUUUCAGCUUAGGGAGGAAGGACCGUGUGAGGAUAUCAGCUCUGAUGGCCAGUCUUCUAGCUUCAAUGAAUGGAUUCUUCCUGCAAAAGAAUUUGAUGGCAUGUGGGAAAGCCUGAUAUAUGAAUCUGGUCUAAAGCAAAGGUUGUUGCGGUAUGCAGCGAGUGCUUUGCUCUUCACUGAAAAGGCUGUUGAUCCAUUCCUUGUUUCAUGGAACCGCAUAAUUCUUUUGCAUGGACCCCCUGGGACUGGAAAGACGUCCUUAUGUAAAGCAUUAGCUCAGAAACUAUCAAUUCGAUUCAAUUCAAGAUACCCACAGGCCCAGCUUGUUGAAGUGAAUGCACAUUCUUUGUUCAGUAAAUGGUUCUCCGAAAGUGGCAAGCUGGUUGCAAAACUUUUUCAGAAGAUUCAAGAAAUGGUUGAGGAAGAUAGCAAUCUGGUAUUUGUUUUGAUCGAUGAAGUCGAAAGCCUCGCUGCUGCUAGAAAAGCUGCUUUGUCCGGUUCUGAACCUUCGGAUUCCAUUCGGGUUGUCAAUGCAUUAUUAACUCAGAUGGAUAAGUUAAAAUCAUCGCCAAAUGUGAUCAUUCUAACCACAUCCAACAUUACUGCUGCUAUCGAUAUUGCUUUUGUUGAUCGAGCUGAUAUCAAAGCAUAUGUUGGUCCACCAACACUUCAAGCUCGGUAUGAAAUAUUAAGGUCUUGCUUGCAGGAACUCAUGCGUUCAGGGAUAUUAACUAGUUUUGAGGAUUGUAAGAAUACCGUGCUUCCAAAUUAUGCUAGUGCAAAACAGGGGAUGAACACACCAGAUUUUCAUCAGCCUACUACAUCCACGCAACUGUGCAAGCAACUAGUUGAAACUGCAGAGGCAUGUGAGGGAAUGAGUGGAAGGUCUCUCAGAAAGCUUCCUUUUUUGGCACAUGCUGCACUUACAAAUCCUUUUGAUUGCAACCCUAUCGAGUUCUUAUGUACAAUGAUAGAAACUGCAAAGAGGGAGCGUUCUGAGCUUCCUGAUUAAUGUAAUCAAAGCUUCCAACUAAAAAACUGUUCAAUCCAAAGUGAAACGCUUACUUUUCCUACAUUUUUAUUGCGAUAAAUGUUGAUGUGGCAGUGAUGUUUAUUUAUUUA